AGUACCUGGCAAUUGGGAACCACGAAGAGGCCGCUAGGAAAGCCGCAACCACCAAAUACCUGCAGAAAGUAAGCAAGUCCUGAGCAGUCAGAUGCCCGGCUCGGAUAAUCAGCUGGCUAAAGGAUGAGAUGGAAUUCCAGCACCCUGAGACUGUCUGCUAAGAAGAAGGAAGGCCGAGGACUAGUGAGUAUCAGAACCACCAUCCAGGAUGAAACGGCAAACAUCCAUGAGUACACUGAAGUAAAUACCUCAGCUUUGACCCCAAACUGGCUUUGCGCAUGUGUGCUCGUGUGCGUACAGCCACAGAUACAAUCAAGACAUGCAACUUCAGCCUUAACGGUUUUGGCCCCGCCCACAGACAGGUUUUUUCAGGUGCGCGAGCUCAGCCGUGUCAUUCUAUCUCGGCGCUGCCAGACAGGGAGGAUGGAGGGAAGUCAGACGUUUCAGGGACAACGUGAUCCUUACACCUGGUUCACAGAGUCUCAGCUCCAGUCUGUCAUCAGGAACGGUGUAGUCCCGGAGUGGUUUCAUGGGAUCAUUUCCAGAAAUGCCGAGGACCGCUGCAGACACUUUAUGAUUGAUGCACUGGAACAUGGCUCUUACAUCAUAGUGGGGGAAAACAGGUAUCACCGGUUUCUGCAUGACCUGGUGGACUUUCAUCGUAGAACUCCCAUCAUGCCUUUCACUCAAGUGCUGACUGUUCCUUGUGGACAGGCUUCUAAUGACAAGACUGACUAUGCAGAACUACUGUUUCGCUCAAGAGGUCCAGACUCCAGGGCCAGUUUGCCACCAAACAACUUCCAGGUUCCCAGCAGAAAUCCACCAGGGUCAAGAGAGGAUAUCCCACCUGCCCUUCCUCACCGCCCAAAUCAUUUGGGAAACUCACCAAUUUUGCCUCCAAAAAGCCAAACAAAUAGACUCUACCCUUCUUUGGAAGAUGAGUUUCAACACAAUACCUCUCAACCACCAGCACUGCCUGUCCCUACACCCAGGAAGAAAUAUACAGGUGAUAAUCCUCCAUCCAACCAGCCUCCCGAAGUCCCUUUUCGAGACUGCAUGGCUCUGAAGCAGAAUCAGGCUGUCAGAACAGGCUCUGCUCCUGAGAAUCUGCCCACGUUUGCAGGCUCCGAACAACCGCCCACUACCAACAACCAGCAAGCGAGGAAUCAAGAAGUAAAGCCGUCAGUCGUCACCAACCUAAAGAACUUCAAGAAGAAAUUCCAAAAGAAGAGGGGCCCGUUGCAGGAUAAUUCAUCCGAAGAGAUUAACACUGACAGGGGUGAAAAUGAUGAGCACGAGUACCAGGAGAUCACGGGGGGGUUGACCUUUUGUGAUCCACCACUUUCCUCCAGCUGCACUCCUGUGAAGCUGACUAAUGACAUGUUACCCUUAGAAUAUAUGCCACCUCCACCUUUUGCUCCAGGCUACGGACCCACAUGAGAAAAUAGAGUGCAUGAAAAUAUAGUGAAUAUGGACAGGUGAUCACCUGAAACUAUAAUAAACAAGUGAGUCAAGUCAAGGAAGAGGGUUAAUGUGUACAUGUAUGCUCAUCUUGGCAAAGGAGAGGAAGUGGUAGGCUCCAUGCUGGAAAAAAUAUUGCAUUCGUCCAGCCUUUAUGAUCCUUUAUCUUUAUGACUUUUAUUCGCCUAAAGAGAGGCUUAAUGUCAAAGCAUUGCACCAGUCUUUCAUUCUUAGGAUGUGUCUACAACUGGCUAAUGCAGACACUGAAACACAGUGAAACAGCUAGACUAGACACAAAAUGUGCCUAUCAGUUUCUUUAAAGUUUACUAAUUAAAUCAUUCCGUGUGUUUUCUUUUUUCCUCCCUGUUGUAUAAGAUAACAGAGGUGGGAUAGCUGCCUCAUCCUGUUUUCUGGAUGAGGCUUAGCUUAGCUUUAUGCUAAGCUAAGCUAAGCUAAGCCAACAGCUGCCACAGCCUCAUAAUAUUCCUCUUCCUUUAACAUUUAGAUCGCAAGGAAUAUUUAUUAUGCAUAAAAUUAUAUGAUAGAUUAAACUGCCUCCUUCAUGCAAAUGUAUUUAGUGCCAAAUUAUAUAUUCUUUUUUUUUAAAAAUGUUUCAUACAUUAAAAAUCUAUACAGACAAAAGGUGCCACAUUAAAAUGAAUAAUGCAAUAAAUUUGUUACAUAGAUGUCUACCGGAAGCCAAUUUUCUGCCAUCUUUGCAUACAUGCUUUCAAAUUGAGGUUAA